ACAAUCAUAACGAAUUCGCGGCUCAUUGUGGAAACAAUCGUGCAAACUAAAUACUCUAAUAAAUAAUCAAAACAUGUGUUUUCGUGAUUGUUUUAGAAAAAUAAGUUAGGAAUAUUCCAAUGGAUUAUAUUCGUAAAACUUAUUUAUGAAUUAGUUGGCUUUUCUCUGUGUUUGAAUAUUGUUUUCUUAUGAUAUGUGAUUGAAAAAGUAAAUCCAUGAAAAUGGAAAACAAGUGAAACAAAAUAUGUUAGAUUCAUUUGAAAUAGUGAACUAAGUUAUACGACAUAGUAAUAUUGUAUGGAUAGACGUAUAAGUGGACCUCAUUGGAAGUAAUUCUCUUCAGAAUGUUUCAUUAUAGUGUUUGAAUCACGUUAUGGAUAUACUGAUCUGAUGAAACCCAUUUGUCAUCAUUAUUCAUGAGGAUUCUGGAUAUUAAUUAUUAAUCAUUCUUCAACUGGAAUCUCCUCCAGCAAUGACGAGAAUGGGAUCAACGUCACAACUGAGUGAAACAUCAGCCUCCUCAACUAAACGUUUUGGAAAAGGCAUUAUCAGAGCAUCGAAAAAGAGCACUGUUAUGCACUCAGACUAUUAUGAUGAUGAGAAAGAAGAUGAAACUAGUAAUGUUCUAUCAAAUCAGAGAUCAAUAUCACUGAGCGCCCUGCAUUCAACUUCAGCGCCUCUAGAACCAAGAAUGGCACAGCUUGAAACUUUAGAAGCCAAGAUGGCUAGCAUAGAAGUGUCAUUAUCAACGACCACCUCACCAAGGAGGAAGAAGAUAAGCAGUGGUACCACCACACCGACACCAAAUACACCGACACCCACUAUGAACAAUUCCAACACAAACAGUGUUGCCAGUAUAUACCGCACCUCGAAAGACAUCGCCAAAGAACUGGACAUGCUAAGGAACACGCUCAGAGACAAAGAGAAUGUGAUCAACAGUCUGAAAGGACAGCUAUGCACUUCGAUGAGCAUCGGUCGAAUUUCAGCCAAUAAUUACCUGCAGCGACAAAACCAAAACAAUCAGCCGUUGAAUGAGAAAGAGCGGAAAGCAGCUGAAGACAGACUCAACAAGCUGAGGUGUGAGUUGGACGCCAAAAGACUGGCCAUGAAGAACAUCAAGCUGUCACUUGAGAGACUAGAUAUCACUGAUAACAUAGACGUGAGAAUUCAACAAGCUGAACUGGAAUAUCAACUUGGAAGAGAGGAGUUGAACUUGUUGAGCAUAUUGGAGGAAAGCAGGAACUUACAAGCUUGUUUGGAGGAUGCAGCACAAAAUAAGGAAUCCGAUACAAUAUUCGGGUACAUGAAGGAUAGUUCGGCUGUGACCCUGCAUGCUGUGGAGCUUCCGUACGAUCCAAAAAGUCCGCGUUUUGGAGCUGGACCCAAAGAGGAUGCGUCUGGUCUCUUCAUUGAGUGGGCCACUGAGGACUCUGGUCUACAAAAAGGCGACAGAUUGUUCGAGGUAAAUGGAAAAUCAGUGCUAUCAAAAAGCAAAGAGGACAUGAUUCGUCUCCUCACGGUUUCCCCAGAUCCAGCCCAGCUGGUCGUACUUCGCAAGCAGCCAUCGCACCUUGAUCAGCUGAUGACCAACUUACAGGAAGAACUGUCAGUUGUCAGGGAAAAGGCGGGAGAAGCCGAACGAACCAGAGACAGCUUCCGAAGCGACAACGUUCGUCUCACUCAUCGCAUAUCAUAUCUGGAGGAGCAAGUCGCAGAACUACUGGAGAGAGCGAGAGAGGACGAGCGAAAGAGUCCCAUCAUGUCCUCUGCGUCUAGUGUCAAAUCAGGACACACCGCUCCUGCAUCUCCCAAACCGGAAGUGCAGGUUUUCCAGAAAGGGCCACAAGUGACUGCUCUAGUUGCGAAUCUUCCUGGAUUGGAGGUCGGCAGCAAACCACAAACGGAUAGUAGUAUAGUUUUGCCAACAAUGAAACCCAAACUGAAACAAGAUUCAUUACAAGAUGUGAGGAGCAUCAAAUCGCUGGAUUUGGGUGUUAAUGAGAGUAACAGACAGUUAAAUCGUAGUAGAGAGAGCAGUAAAAAGAGAGAGACUGGCCACUUGCAGUCUGCACAAAGUACAAACUCUUUGGAUACAAAAACAAAACACCAUUCCAAAUCUUACCAUAGGUCCACUCACCAUCACCCCCACCCCCACUACCACAACCAUCAUAAUCUCAAUAGUUCGUUGUGUAAUGACGUCAGUGCCCCACGUUUGGAGAAGAGUAAUGGUAGAGUGUUGGAUUACAACUCAGAAAGCUCUCUGGUAGAUCAGAGAAGAAGUCAUUCCCAUCGACAUACACCCGAGAGUCAUCGAAUCCAUCUAGAGCAACGUCAAAGACACAUCAGGGAAGCUCGGUCUUCGCUGUUUGAUUAUAUAGAGCGCGAUAAAACCAACUCCAAAUCACUGGAUUUUGAUUCUGAACCUAACUACAGCUAUGGCCACCAACAACCGGCCGGCCAAACACCUCACCAUGGCCAUCAAAAGUCAUUAGACUACAAUACUGAGUCGCUGAAUCAGCAUUUCAAGAAACAAUCGGAGCACAGAGCCGCAAGACCAGUUCCGCCCAAGAAGCCGCUGCGAUUGUCGCUGCACCGCGCCACCAGUCUGCAGUCGGUCGAGAACGGAAGUGAGAAGAAAACUCUCAAGAGAAAUCAUAAAGGGGAAGCACCUCCCAUUCCUCAACAAGCUCUCAAUUGGUCCUCCCCGGCUGCUGGUUUGCAAUCAACUAAUCAUGUCAGUAAUAAGUCGAAUGAGAAAUGGUGUUGAAUUUGAAACAAGUCUUCAGUAGUAUUGAGUUUUAUGCGAUUCAUACGUGAUGAUUCCCUAUCAGUAAGUAGCAGUGUUGAAUGUGGGGGUAAUUCAGGAGUAAGCACUUGUCAUUGAGUAGCGAGGAUUCUAAUAAGCCUAAAAAUGUCAUACUGAUAUAAGAUUUUUGAGGGUGUAAUCCGGUACCUACUCUGAAAUUUUUACAAUUUUCUCAAUUAACUCAGUAGUGAAUUCAAAACAAUUUAUAAUAAACUCCAAAUUGGAUAGGAAGGAUUCUCAAAUAAGCAUUGCAGAGAAAAUUCAAUAUAUUACAACUGAUAUAAAAUUUUCUAAGUGUUUAUUUCUGGGAUUUUAAUUUUCUAAACUUCACAUGAUUAGGAAGUGGCAGAUCUGAGACAUUCCAAGAUACUGAGAGAUGGUUUUUUCGCAAUUCCUAUCCUUAUAGGUGAAUACAGAAUCAGGUAGAAUGACUUUAUAUUAAAAAACUUGAUGACAAAGAGAACUACACAAAUUGUUGCUGCGUUAUUGUGUAAUCAUCAACAAGAGUAAUUGUAUGAUUGAGUGGAUGGCUUUUGAAAUAAAAUCAAUGUGUGAAAAAAAAGGAAUGAA